CCUCGGGGGCUUGGGGCGUCGGGGAGUGCGCGAGGCGGCCUGGCUUGUGUGCACUGGCGGAGACAAAGCGGUGGCUGAGGUGGCAGUGGCGGCAGCGGCAGUGGCGGCGGAGGAGCCCUAAACGCCGAAGUUUGUGGUGCUGAGUCCGGUCACCAUCUCAUCCAGCGCGGCGCGCGGGCGGCUGGUCUCGCGGCGGCGGCGGCAGCGGCGGAGGCGGAGGCGGCGGCAGCACAUGGUUCCAAGAGCGCGCUGCGGUCGUUGGGUUCCAAUUCCGUGGGGAGGGACAAAGGCAGCUGUGAGCGCCGGGCAACGCCCGGUCGGGUGGUGCGCUCGCCACUGUCCUCGAUCCGGGCCUUGAAAGCUGGGACUAACUCCUCUUCGUGAGGAGGAGACCACGGGACCGAGGCCCAGUCAGGGCCUGAGAGGCUGAGGCCGGUGUCUGAGGGAAGUGGGGGAGGGGCGCGGCCCGCCUGAGUUAAUUUGGGCGGGUCAUUUCUGUGGCUACUUAGUGGGUCAUUGUGAGGUAAUUUGACCCACUACCCUGACGAAAUUGGGGCACACAGCAAGCUAGGUUUGGUCCGGGCUUUGAAAACAGAAAUCGGUCUUCAGCGCUUAGGAGAUCUUUCAGUUGGGAGGUGGUGAAGCCGGAACUAACGCCAUAUGCACUUCAUCAACAUCGUGGUCACCAGCCUGGGGCUAAUUUAAGGAUCCUGGGAUCAUUGAUGGCGAAGAGAUGGGUGGUUGUCCAGUUUUAUGACUGAAGUUGCUAAAUUUCCGGAUUGGUAAGUUUCCGGAUUGGUAAAUUUCCUCACAGGAAAUUUAGAGGAAUAACAACAAAAAAGGCUGGAAGAUCAUGAAGAUGGAGCAGUAAUUAAAUCGCCAACUCCAGUAUCAUCUCCUCUAGGACCAACCACAUUCCACUCCGUGAACUGUCGCAAAUUAACGCUGAAGCUCCUUAAGACUACACGUUUAUGACGUAGUUCCUUCCAAAAUAUUACAUCAUAGUCAUUGAGAAGAUUAAAAAAAAUGAAAGGAGAAAUUGAGUUUUGUUUUAGACAUCUUUUUGAAUAUAUCUUGGUUAGAUACUAGAUAACUUUGUUUAACUAAGGAGCACAGAUUUACGAAACCUUUACUGGAAGGAAUCCUGAAAAAUCUGUUCCAUUGUAAGCUUAUAGUUCCCAGUUAGUGGGUAAAGAACUGGAGACCUCACUGCACUCAUGGCUUUCACAAAUUACAGCAGUCUGAAUCGAGCUCAGCUAACCUUUGACUAUCUACACACAAAUUCAACCACUCAUGAAUUCUUGUUUGGUGCUCUUGCUGAACUAGUUGAUAAUGCAAGAGAUGCUGAUGCCACCAGAAUCGAUAUUUAUGCAGAAAGGCGAGAGGACCUUCGCGGAGGAUUUAUGCUUUGUUUUUUGGAUGAUGGAGCAGGAAUGGAUCCAAGUGAUGCUGCCAGUGUGAUCCAGUUUGGGAAGUCAGCCAAGCGAACGCCUGAGUCCACCCAGAUUGGGCAGUACGGGAAUGGGUUAAAAUCGGGCUCGAUGCGCAUUGGGAAGGAUUUUAUCCUCUUCACCAAGAAGGAAGAGACCAUGACCUGCCUCUUCCUGUCGCGUACCUUUCACGAGGAGGAAGGCAUUGAUGAAGUGAUAGUCCCAUUGCCCACCUGGAAUGCUCGGACCCGGGAACCUGUCACAGACAACGUGGAGAAGUUUGCCAUCGAGACGGAACUCAUCUAUAAGUAUUCUCCCUUCCGCAAUGAAGAGGAAGUGAUGACUCAGUUCAUGAAGAUUCCUGGGGACAGUGGAACGCUGGUGAUCAUCUUCAAUCUCAAACUUAUGGAUAACGGAGAGCCGGAGCUGGACAUAAUCUCAAAUCCAAGAGAUAUCCAGAUGGCAGAGACUUCCCCGGAGGGCACGAAGCCAGAGCGCCGCUCCUUCCGCGCCUAUGCUGCCGUACUCUACAUUGAUCCCCGGAUGCGGAUCUUCAUCCACGGGCACAAGGUGCAGACCAAGAGGCUCUCCUGCUGCCUCUACAAGCCCAGGAUGUACAAGUACACAUCAAGCCGGUUCAAGACCCGCGCGGAGCAGGAGGUGAAGAAAGCUGAGCACGUGGCACGGAUUGCUGAAGAGAAGGCAAGGGAGGCGGAGAGCAAAGCUCGGACAUUAGAAGUGCGCCUGGGCGGAGACCUCACUCGGGACUCCAGGGUGAUGUUGCGACAGGUCCAGAACAUGGCCAUUACCCUUCGCAGAGAAGCUGAUGUCAAGAAGCGCAUCAAGGAGGCCAAGCAGCGAGCGCUUAAAGAACCCAAGGAACUGAACUUUGUUUUUGGGGUCAACAUCGAACACCGGGACCUGGACGGCAUGUUCAUCUACAACUGUAGCCGCCUGAUCAAGAUGUAUGAGAAAGUGGGCCCACAGCUGGAAGGGGGCAUGGCAUGUGGCGGGGUCGUUGGGGUUGUAGAUGUGCCCUACCUGGUCCUGGAGCCUACACACAACAAGCAGGACUUUGCUGAUGCCAAGGAGUACCGGCACCUGCUGCGGGCGAUGGGGGAGCACCUGGCGCAGUACUGGAAGGACAUCGCCAUUGCCCAGCGGGGAAUCAUCAAGUUCUGGGAUGAGUUCGGCUACCUCUCUGCCAACUGGAACCAGCCUCCAUCCAGUGAGCUGCGUUACAAACGGCGGAGAGCUAUGGAAAUCCCAACCACCAUCCAGUGUGAUUUGUGUCUGAAGUGGCGGACCCUCCCCUUCCAGCUGAGUUCUGUGGAAAAAGAUUACCCUGACACCUGGGUUUGCUCCAUGAACCCUGAUCCUGAGCAGGACCGGUGUGAGGCUUCUGAACAGAAGCAGAAGGUUCCCCUGGGGACGUUCAGAAAGGAUCUGAAGACACAGGAAGAGAAGCAGAAGCAACUGACAGAGAAAAUUCGCCAGCAGCAGGAGAAGCUGGAGGCCCUGCAGAAAACCACACCCAUCCGCUCCCAAGCUGACCUGAAGAAAUUGCCCUUGGAAGUGACCACCAGACCUUCCACUGAGGAACCUGCACGUAGACCUCAGCGUCCUCGGUCACCUCCUUUACCUGCUGUGAUCAAGAAUGCCCCGAGCAGACCCCCUUCCCUGCAGGCUCCCAGACCAGCCAGCCAGCCCCGGAAGGCUCCUGUCAUCGGCAGCGUCCCAAAGCCUCCUGCCCCGACAGCGCGGGAGGAGGCCAGUACUUCCAGGCUGCUCCAGCCUCCUGAGGUGCCCCGAAAACCUGCCAACACUCCAGUCAAGACUGCGUCCCGGCCCGCCCCUCCCGUGCAGCCACCGUCACCAUCUCUGCUGCCCAACUCCAAGAGCCCUCGGGAGGUCCCCGCCCCCCGAGCCAUCAAGACUGCAGUGGUCAAGAAGCCGGAGCCGCCCAGUAAACUCUCCCUGGCCGUUCCUGGUCGGAAGCGGAGUCUUGGGGUCUCUGAUGAGGAAGAAGCCGAGGAAGAGGCUGAGAGGAGGAAAGAGAGGUCCAAGCGGGGCAAGUUUGCCGUGAAGGAGGAAAAAAAGGACUUGAAUGAGCUCUCAGACAGUGCUGGGGAAGAGGACCCAGCUGACCUCAAGAGCGCUCAGAAAGAUAAAGGGCUGCACGUGGAGGUGCGUGUGAACAGGGAGUGGUACACAGGCCGUGUCACAGCCGUGGAGUUGGGCAAGAACGUGGUGCGGUGGAAGGUGAAAUUUGACUAUGUGCCCACGGACACGACACCAAGAGACCGCUGGGUGGAGAAAGGCAGUGAGGAUGUGCGGUUGAUGAAGCCCCCUUCCCCGGAGUAUCAGAGCCCGGACACGCAGCAGGAGGGCGGGGAGGAGGAGGAGGAGGCGGCGGUGGCUCAGCAGGCUGUAGCCAUGGCCGAACCCUCCACCUCGGACUGCGUUCGCAUUGAGCCCGACACCACCGCCCCGAGCACCAACCAUGAGACCAUUGACCUCCUCGUCCAGAUCCUUCGGAAUUGUUUACGGUACUUCCUGCCUCCGAGUUUCCCCAUCUCUAAGAAGGAGCUGAGUGCUAUGAAUUCAGAUGAGCUAAUAUCGUUUCCUCUGAAAGAGUACUUCAAGCAGUAUGAAGUGGGGCUCCAGAACCUGUGCCAUUCCUACCAGAGCCGCGCCGACUCGCGGGCCAAGGCUUCCGAGGAGAGCCUGCGUACCUCCGAGAGAAAGCUCCGCGAGACAGAGGAGAAGCUGCAGAAGCUGAGGACCAACAUCGUGGCGCUCCUGCAAAAGGUGCAGGAGAAACAAGAUGCUCUGCCUGCUGUGAGACCAUACAUUCUUUUGGUGACUCUUGCGCAGAGAACAGAAGCAGGACGCCAAGUCUGAGCUGCUUCUCUUGGCUCCUGGCUCCUCAAGGUGUGGUGAAUCCAGUGCCGUUUGGAAGUUGGGGAGGCUCCAGGGGCAGGGCUGGGGGAGGGACAGGGCCCCCCAGGCUAGUGCUCCCCCAGGAGCUCCAAUCCAGGGGAUCCCCACAGGGCCACGGUCAGGAGGAGGCUCAGCGCUGAGCAGCUCCCUGUCUCGUGGCUCCUGCCUCAGGUCGGGGAUGUGAGUGGUGGCCCAAGUGGUCGGUCUUGGCUGUGGCACCGUCCAGACAGCUUGGGGAAGAAAGAUCCUCCUGUUCAACUUCCCCAUUCACCACCUAAGUUCUCCCUGCUGGAGAACUCACAGUGGACAGUGAGGUUUCCUGCCUCAAACACUUGAGUCCAGGUUGUGGCGUGGACAGAUCCGACUCUGGUCAGACUGCUGACCUGGGUAACACACUGAAUGUUUGAAUUCCAAAGGAUUCCCUUUAGGAAAGGACCAUGUGUGUGAAGGAGCCCCUGUGCUGGUUGGUGGCAGCCUCGUCUGUGGGUGUGGCAGGGUCCUAGGGAGCGCAUCUUCCUCAAUGGUCCCGGCCAUCUGGAGAGCCUGGCACUGCUUUUUCUCUUACUGCGUCCCCCCUGUCUGGCCCCACCAGGCCCAGUCAAGGUCCCUGCUUUGGGGCAGAUGGGAGGAGGGGGUCACUGAGCCACAGGGACUCCAGAGGUGGCUCUGUAGGAAGCACACCAUGCCUUCCUUCCCGCCUGGUCACAGCCUCAUAACAGCUGUGUCUCUCAACUUCUCAGGGUCAAAGACAAAGGCAAGAGUUGCUGAAUUUUCUCUUUAAGGGCCAUUGGAAAAAUUCUGGUUUGAUUUCUCCCGACUCUCUUCUUCCCCCUUUAUUUGGGGACUUUGGGUUUUCUGAAGGCACAAGAACUAUGGUCUUGUGCCACUGGUCUGCGAUUCAGACCUCUCGGUGUGUUUCCAGCAUCUACCCACCUCUGGUCAGCAGUGGCCACGUGCUGCCCCGUGAAGACGCCAGUAGGCUGGGAAGCGCUGGCGAGGGAGGCAGGCCCCAUGGGAAUCGGAGGUCUUUACCCACUUGGGCACGUGGCCAGAAGCACCUGUGACUUGUGGGUUUGGGACUUCUCCAAACCACAUCCCUGGGCAAGGGCUCUUUGGGGGAAAUACCAGUCAGAGAGGCCCUGACCUCUUCCUCUGGAAGAUUCGCUAAGAGUCUUAGGGCUUCUUGAGCUGGUGGUUCCUCUCCUGUCCAGCUCGCUCUCUUCAUCACAGGCAGCAUACGGUCCAUUUUUGUCCCCAAACCUGCUGUUUUAAUCUAAGUGCAAGCUGGUUCUGCAUUUUUACCAGAGGGUAAUACUGAAGUUUUUUAUUUACAUACCUGUAAUCAAAAUGCAAUACUAUAAACUUUCACUGGUGAGACUCCUGAACUCAGUCUGUUUUCUUCUCUUAGUAAAAUCCAGCACCUUUGUCCUCUUCAUUCUUUCCACCACUGUGGCUUUAAACUGUCUUCAGAUUCUUCCUCAUCUCCACCAUCUUGUCUUAUGUCUUCACCCUCCUGGACACCCAUAGAAACUGAAAUACUGCAUUUCUUAAACAUUUUAGUUUCAACUUCUGGGCGUUCCCACUUCGCUGUUUAAAUCCAACCACAGCGGUGCUGAAUGCAGCCUGCUUCUAGGCAGAGCUCCUUCCAUUCUGGGUGGGAAGAUAAGAUGCAGGGGUUCCUCCCCCUUCCUUGUCCUGGAUAACUAGCCUGCUUGGAAUUGUCUAAAACUUGGGAGAAGAAGAUGGUCUGGCGGGUCUGUGGCAGGAAGGUCCUGAGUUCAAGGCGGCAAGAAGGUGAAUGAGUGCAGCGACCCUUGUUUUUAAGGAGUGGGAGGGAUGGAGACUUUGGUGCUUUU